ACUCCGAGACCGACUCUGCGCUUCGUCGUUGCAGAGGUGUCGUCCACCACCGCCCAGUGCGCAUCGUUGUCCCACCGUCAGACCUCCGCGCUUCGGCGCCGCAUCCUUCUCCUCUCGCCGCGGCGGUCCCGAAAGGCCGGACAAGGGAAGAGGAGCCCUUCGCGCCGCUCGGCGAUGAGUCACUCGCUCGGACCUGCUUUAUACCUGCCGGACGCGGCGAGGAGAGAGAGAGAGAAAAAGGAAGGACGCAGUUUCGCGGCAUUCCAGGCGAUCCCCGUGGUAGCGAUCUAGAGACGCUCCACGCACCUCUACGAGCGUCUGGUUUCGAUCCCCAGCGGCAUUCCAGCGCGACUCGGCCGACACUGGAUUCGCUUGCGCUUUCCGAGGCGCGCACGGCGAAAGCCGCGACGGAUCGGGCUUUCCCAUGGACGCGUUCGCACGCGCGCGCAGUCGGAUUUGUCCAAGCUCGCGGGAAGCAACGAUAACCGAUUUCCGCGCUCUCUUUUUUUCCUUGCUUUUCUCUUUCUUUGCCCGUCGCGUCUCACGCUCGCUUUCGGAAUCGCGCGACGACGAUUCCCUCAUGAAAAUGCAAGCGUCUCCGCGGCCCGUCGCGCGCGCACCAUUGUUUCGCGACCUCGGUGCCCGGCCGAACUCGGCGGACGUGGAAUAUCCAGUAGUCAGCCAGUCGUCGGCGUGCUGCCCGGACCCCAGUAGUCAACCAGCCGUUCGCAGCAGUAGCAGCAGCAUGUCGUCGCUCGACCAGAGACUCGAGGAGGCGGCCGAGGCCGUCAAAAGCCUCACGCGGCGCCCGACGGACCAGGAGCUGCUCGAACUCUACGCUCUCUACAAGCAGGCCAGCGUCGGCGACGUGAACACGAGUAGGCCGGCGAUGUUUGAUCUGAAAGGCAAAGCCAAGUGGGACGCGUGGAACAGCAAGAAGGGCAUGAGCAGAGACGAGGCGAAAGAGCUCUACAUCGAGUACGUCAACACACUCCUGGACAAGUAUAAGGAAUAGACUGCCGAGAGAGAGAGAGAGAGAGAGAGAGAGAGAGAGAGAGAGAGAGACUGCAGCCCCGAGUAUCUCUUGCAUUCACGAGUGGCAGCAAACUUUCGCCGGCUGCGCACUUGCACAAGCUCUUUUCUGUAUCAGCACAAAACUUUUCCUCUCCUCGCUCUACAUUCGCUGUUGCUUUCGAUGAAUAUAAUUGUCAGCUCUGUUGACACAACCAGCCUGUACUGUUUGUUGCCUUUGUCGAAAAUAAAAAAAAAAUAAGGAAGAGAAGCCGAGAAUGCGAGCAGGGGUCGGAGGUCGACUCGCGCUUAAAAUCACGCGAGGCGAGCAAUUUACGAGGGGCGGUGGGACGGAGGGGGAUACGGGCGCACACGACACGAGUUUA